CAGAGCGACCGGACAGAGCGCAGUUUGCGCUAAGUUAGUCUUUUAUUUUUUGGCGUCACCUACGUCUAAACGCUCGAUUUGUUCAGUGUGAACAGUUUAUAAACGAAUCAUUUCAUUAUGGAUGUGUAACAAGAGUAUAUGUACCGAAGUGUCGUGUCGUAGGUAGGGUAACUAUGGCAUAAAAAGAUUUAUAUUGAAAAAAUACAAUGGCGGUGUUGGUGAGAUUGUUCUGCCCGAGUUACGUUGAUGCACGAUAACUUCACAACGAGUGAAAGCUCAAUAAGUUUCACGCCCGGAUAUCCGCAGCAGAAAAAAAAAUGAAAAUGAUUACUACCGAAAGUACUACGUCCAAGUCCCAUUCAACUGUGAAAGUAGUGGAAAAAUGUAUAGCUUGAGAAGUGUAAGCAAUAAGAUAAAAAUGAGUUAAAAUAAUACCGGCUACAUGGCGCUGAAUUCAUAACCAUCUGUUGAAGUCCGUUACAUUUCAAAAAGUUCUCGCAUGCUCUGAUAAUGGCAUCCUUUGGCGUGGCUCAGGAGAACGAAUCUUUCGCAGCAUCAAAGAAAAAGCAUGAACAGUUACAAGAAUUCAUCUUGCAGGUGGGCUGACAAGAGCUUAAGUUUAGAAGAAGCCAGAUUCUAUCAACUGCAACAAGAAACCUACAGAACAGAUGCCCACAGAGAUCAUGCAGACACUUCUCUAAAAUUUCAGAAAGCACAGAGUUGCUUUCAUAUAUGUCGCUGCAUUUGAGUAAUCAUCCAGAUAGAUUUCCUCAUCUGUACAAACUAUGGAUGGUCCUCUAGUACUCUUACAAUCUGCAGGGAACAUCACCACCGAAAACUCUUGGUGGAUUCACGCAGCUCAGGCGUGGGCAGUUUGUAUAGCUGUCAUCGGAAUUGCCGGAAACCUUAUCAGCAUCAUCACCAUCAUUUGGCAGUUUGAUCUUUGGAGGAGGUGCAAACAGAGAAGCCCAAACUGCUCAUCGGCAAAUUCGCGCAGUCUGGUACACCGGAAACCGGUCAUACCUCUGGACGGUUACACCAUGCUGCUUCUGAACCUGAGCGUGUGUGACCUGCUCUACUGCGGAGUCAACCUGCCCAUAACUGCCUACACCUACAGCUACGCUUUCUGGCCGCGCAGGCCAAGCGUUGCCUUCUGCAGAGGCGCCGGUCUCUUCAGGUACCUGAAUGCCCUGGUGGAGUGGCAGACUCUGGCCCUGAUAACCAUACAACGAUGUGUCGAUCUCAGACGAAGCAGGGGACUCAGGUUCUUCAAGCCGAAGCCCACCAUGGUGUUCAUCGUCAUUAUCUGGGUGUCGAGCGCUGUGCCACAGUUGAUCAUUCUAUUGCCGGACAUUGGCGGAUACGACUAUGACAGGAUCACCUUCAAGUGCGACAUCGACGGGGAGAUGGCCAGAUUCAUCUUCUACUCCCUGGAGUCUUCCCUCCCGUGUCUCCUGAUGCCUCUCGGGUGUCUGAGCAUCAUUUAUCAGAUCUGGUCCAACAUCAGAGCCCUCAGGAAAAAUGGAGCAUCAGAUGAACUCGUCAUAGACAGAUUUCGGGACAUGCUGCGGUCGGUCACGCUCAUCUUGGCUCUUCUGUUCAUAUUCCUCAUCUGCGUGAUCCCGAUAUGCGUCUACAACCUCGUCUGCCUCGUCAGGAAAGAGAGCCACGUGGCCCUCGGCAUCUUCAUAUACAUGGUCUACUGGAUCCAAUAUGGCGUCAACGUCUUCCUGUACGUAGCGAGAAACGGGAAUUUCCGAAGGGCUUUUAAACAGCUCAUCACCUUGAGUGUAUACAAACUCAGGCAGUGCGUCCACAAAAUAAGAACUCGAAACCCUGAGGAGGAGGCCCCUUCUUCCCUAGGCUCAUGCCACGACCUGCAGUCGAGUAGCAGGGACAUUUCCAUGCAUUCCCUGCAGAUGGGAUCGUCGGUGGAGUCGCUUAACAGGGAGCACCAGGUAGAUCUGGGUGAUUCCCCUCGGCGGGCGCUGGACUGUUUGGGGAAACCGCGCCACCUUUCCCUGUGCACUGUGCACUCCAACAACAGCGGGGACCUGUCGCAGUCCUCCGAUUUCACCAGAAUCACGGAGGUGUCGUGUACCUCGAGUAAUAAAGGGUGAAUGCGACAGAGGAUUAGACCGUUGAUCAGUGAUGCAUAAAGUGGAAACUGUGAGGAUUAAUAAGGGAACAGGGUUGUGAAGUGUUACUUGCAGGGCAAGAAUAAAUUCCAAGUCAUUCCUUAGUAAAUGAUUCUCGUUGUAAGUAUUAUUUCAUACAUUCAAGUUCCAGUUUUGCCGAGCUUCGAUGUCAGGUCCCACGCUUCGAGUUUGUGUCAGUGUGUCCGUCCGUCUGACCCUUCAUCAUCAAUUUUAUCCAGAUGUAUACAAACAAACCACCUUUUAUAUCUGCCUUGCCUUGCAAGUGUAAUUAAUUGCAUGCUAGAUUCCUUGCAGUUUUUCCACUUCCAUUUCGUAACAAUAAAGGCACUGAACAAAAACUCCACUUUAGAGUGAAACGGCACCAACAGGCGCCAGCAACUUACCACAUUCAUAUCACAAACAGGUUGAAAACAAUUCAAUGACCACUGGUGGACAACUACCAAUAAGUAGUUGGCUUGUAUUCAACUUGUUGAUGAUAUCAGAUCUGGUCCAACAUCAGAACCUGACACGUUCAUGACAUGUUUGACUGUGGUGUGGAUGUACCAUAAAUUUUGCACAAAGUUGUUUCGGUGAUCAGCUGACCUCACUGAUGGUUGCUGGCAGAAACAGUCUUGUACAAAAUCUAGUAAAUCUACCUUUACAUCACUGUGGAGUUCUUUAUUUGUACCAUAGCCACCUUAAUACAGUAUUUCAUGUAGAGAGACACAAUGUCUGAAGCAGUUCACUGAUGCUGAGGAGUGGCAAAUCAAAAUGGCCACCACCGAACGCCAUUUUGUCCAGAGUUACUCUCCGCUAUCUCUCAGCUCCUCCUUUCUUUCCUAUGCUUCAAUCCAGGGGGGCUCUUGCCUCCAAUUUUCCUUCCUCAGGGAAUUUGUACUUGUAUUAAUUUAUAUUUAGCAUUAAGUUUAUACAAAUCAUCGAGAAUUAUUGAAGUGAAGGUGCAAAGUUUAUUACUGAAGUAAACGUAUGAGUAACAUGUCGACAUUUUCAAGAGUUGUCAUUCAGCAUAAAUAGCAUUAAUAGGUGACUGAAAACAAGUCUUUUUUUUUUAAUGAAGUUACAAAAUAUUUCUUAUUUAUGGUGGCAAUAAGGGAAGAAAUAAUCUGCUUACCCUUUCAUUUACUUGUGACUCUCGAAGACUCAUUGUAAUACAUUACCACUUGCAUUAGACUCCUAGUCUGUUGCAUUUUAUACGCUUAGCCCUGCUCCUUUUUAUUAGAAAUUAGCCUGGAAGGUGUGGCCCUAUACCCUAAUACCCUAACUGCCUCACUGGUGGAGGAGUAGCCCCCUACUCUCGCCCAUUUUUCUUCCAAACGCUUAAUGAACGAGAAAGGAGGUAUUGGUGAAAGUUAUUCACCCAAGACGAGAGUGAUAUAUUAAAUGCUAAACGUACAUCAAAACAGAUUAAGGAUAAGUGACCUUCCAGUGAUAAAUGAGUUUUCAGGUGAGGACAUGUCAGUAUUGAAAAAAAAAUUAAAGAAUGAUAAACUGAUACGUGGAAGAAAAAUUAGCAAAAACUUCCACCAAAGCCUGAGCAAACCACCACCACCGUCCCCGACCCCCACAAAGAACGAUUCAUUCUCCAAAAAGUAACAUUCGUGUCUUUCUCAAAAUCUAAUCACAAAUUGCCAAUUACGACGUUCACCUCUGUUAAAAAUUUCGUCAAAUUCCACACAUAACGUUUUGCGUUAAGCCUGCGUAACCUCUUUGGUAGAGGUGAUUAACAGUCUUCAAAGAUUGAUUAAUUAAGAUUGUACGUGCAUCAAAAUAUUCAUCAUAAUGACUGGAUUGAAAAGCAGAAAAAUUUAUUAAUGGGGUCUGGUGCAAGGUGCAACUAGUCGCAAAAGACUCAAAAUUCAACGAGAUGAGAAAUUUCUCACAAGGAACUCACUUAUGAGUAUAUUAUGAUUUAAGAUGAUGACGUCUUACAAGGGCUGAAAUGAAGGGAUGAAAUGUACAACAAUUUCCGGUCACGUUUGCAAGCAUAUAAAUCAAUGAACUGAAGCAGGGAAUCUGACCCUGGGGUUCCACAGAUUUUCGAAAUGGUCCUACAUGAACUAACUUCACAUUACUAUCUUCACAAAUAUGCUACUAAUUACAACCAACAAGUAUCACUCUUGGGCAUUUUUUCAUAAUGUAUACUGAUCAUGAUAGUAGCGAUCAAUAAUGAAAUACACUACAACUACAAUGACUAAUAGAUGUAGUACCAUUUUAAUACUCACCUGUGGGGUUAUGGGUCGAUGAUCUGGCAACACUGUGCUGAGGUAGGAGGCCUGUAAGGAAAAAUUGAGAUUCAUUAACUUUUGUUAUAUUUUGAUAAAAGGAUUAAAAAUUUAAGAAAUAGCUCCUCCCACAGCUGCUUUUCAUAUCUAGUUAAUUAAGUUUUACCAUAAACAAUUGAUGGUGAUUUUCCGAUGCAAUUCGUAAGGAGACCUUUCCCCAUUAGGGUACUUUCUAAUUCAAUCAAUGAGGAUUUCCUUUCAUUAAUGAAGAACUGUUCUUGAAGAAGAAUUCAUCUUAAAGGUUUCUCUUCAAUCAAACACGAAUUUUCAUAAUUACAUGAGGAUUCGUCAUCAAAAAGAUCUUUGCGUAUGUGACCGAAGUGCUCGUUCCUAAUCAACUGAGGCCAGGAGUACACGAGACACUCCGUGGUGCCACGUCAUGGCGUCGGUGUGUGGCGGGGAUCAGCGACAUCCCCGCCACACACCGACACAACGACGUGGCGCCACAGAGUGGCUCGUGUGCUCUAGGUGAAAUAUAGAUGUUUAAAGUGUAUCUGUAGAAAGCGCGCAAUACCGUACGACUGUGUGAUACGUUAAUCAAGAGAUAUAAUUCUAUAUGUGUGGAAAUCACUCAUACUUGGUCAUACGACUGCCAAAGUUCUGGAAUUCUGGAUCCCUACGGAUUUCCCCUUCCUCUCAUAAACGUCAUUUGUAAUGUAUAGGUCUAUCGCUAUCUUUCGGUUUGACCCCAAUUCUUGUGUCCCUUAUCAUGAGUAAAAAUGUACUUGCAUUACCAAAUAAAAAAGAAUUCUUGACCCAUAAGUACAACUUAAUUUAACCAGCCCACUGAGCUGAUUAACAGCUCUCCUAGGGCUGACCCGAAAGAUUAGAUUUUGAUCUACGUGGAAUCAAUCGGUUACUUAGCAAAUGGACCUACAGCAUAUUGUGGGAUCCGAACCACUUUAUAUCGAGAAAUGAAUAUCUAAUCACCAGAAAUAUAUUCCUCUGGUUCCGCAUUGGUAACACCAGGGAGCGAACUCGUGCUACCAGAUUGGUAGAGGAGUACGCAUCCCACUCGUCCAAUGAGGAACUAGCAGAAAUUUCAUUCGAGGGAGUAUAUUAUUUAUGAGUCUUAGACACUGAAACCAAACCAAAGAGGACUAAAAAGAGAGAGUUUUCUUUCGUCUAUUAAGGUGCUCAAUCGGUUACUCCAUCUAUUUCUUGAUAAAUAGAUGUCAUUGACUUAUAUGUAUUAUAUACGUAUAUUUGUAUACAUGCAUAAUGUGAACUUUGUCUAAAUGUUUUACUUAUAAUAACAAAAGGACAAAGUACUGCUUAUGAUGAUAUUCUUUUACUUUUUACUAAAUUUAAAGUUGAGCUAAAAUAUCAAUGAUACCAUUAAAUUACGGAGUCUUAAUUUUUCUGUAUAUUUACACAUUUAUAUGACGUAAUAUAUA